AUGGACAAUAUCAUAUCUGCAGCAAUCCCUGAUAGGCACUCAAGUCCCAAACUAUAUGAAUUGGUGAAGAGAUAUAUGGUACAUGGGCCUUGUGGUCGAAUGAAUCCUAAAUCACCUUGCAUGAAGGAUAACAAGUGUAGAAAAUAUUUUUCUAAGAAGUUUGUUAAUGAGACAAUUAUUGAUGAGGAUGGAUAUCCCACAUAUAUAAGAAGAUAUGAUGGUAGAACAAUAGAAGUGAGAGGCCAUCAUUUGGACAAUCGAUUUGUUGUUCCUUACAACCUUGCAUUGUUGUUGAAUAUUGAAGCUCAUAUUAAUAUUGAGAAGUGCAAUCAAUCUACUGCUAUCAAGUUGAGUUUUCAUCUCUCCAAUCAGCAAAAUGUUAUUUAUUCAAAUACUGAUGAUGUUGCUGAACUCUUGGAUAAGCCCAAAGUGUGUGAAUCAAUGUUCCUUGCUUGGAUGAAGAAAAAUGAGGAGGAUGAUUUUGCCAAAACACGUUCUGAGUUUCCACUUCAUUAUGUUUAUCAACGGAGUAAGCGAUUAUGGAAACAUAGAAAAAAAAGAUUUGCAGUUGGCAGAAUUAUCCAUGCACCAUCAUCAUCUGGAGAACUUUACUACCUUCCUAUUCUUUUGACAAAAGUUAAAGGUCCUUCUUCAUUUGAAGAUAUUGGAACUGUUGAUGGUAUUAUUUAUCCCACUUUUAGAUAUGCAUGUUUUGCACUUGGAUUACUUGAUAAUGACAAUGAAUACAUAUCUGCUAUAAAAGAGGCUUCCAAUUGGACACUUGGUAGGCUAUUAAGGAAGAUGUUUGUAAGCAUGCUUCUUUGUUCUUACUUAAGUCGACUUGACUUUGUUUGGAAAGAGAUUUCAGGAAUACUUUUAGAAGAUUUAUUGUACACAUCACAAAUUGAUCAUUUGUCCUCAAGUGUUGAAACUUUAGAUUUUAAGAGAAAGCAAGAUGCCCUUAAAGAGAUUGAAUUAUCUCUGCAAGAAAAUGGAAAGAGUUUUCAAGAUUUUCCUUCCCUUCCCACUCCUUUGUCAUGUCCAAUAAUUGAUGUUUCAAACUAUCUCAUAUUGCAAGAACUAAGUUAUGAGACCGUUUUGCCUUCACUGACUUCUUCAACUGGAGCUUUUUUCUUUGUAAACGGGUAUGGAGGCACAGGGGAGACAUUUUUGUGGAAUGGGUUAACAUCAACUCUUCAUGCCAAAGGAAAUAGUGUUCUUACAGUUGCUUCAAGCGGAAUUGCUGCCACACUAUUACCCUCUGGUAGCACAUCACAUUCAAAGUUUGCAAUUCCCAUUUAUGUGAAUGAAGAGUCUGUGCAAUAUCAAGAAAAAUUCUCCAUUAGCAAAUUUAAUUCAAUGCACAAAGUUAAUUAUAUAGGAUGA